AAAAAAAAAAAAAAAAAAAAAAAAUGUCAAACGAAAAGACAAUGUUGAAGGUCUCCUGGGCCUAUAUGCUAAAGCAAGAAGACUUGGUAACAUAUCUUACUGAAUUCAAUCUUGAUCCAGUUGGAAAAGUGGACGAUCUCCGAAAAAGAUGGGCUAAAUUUCUCCACAACGACCAUGAAGCCGAUGUAUACAGACGGCUUAUAGAGUUGCAGAACAAACAUGAAAGUACCAGUCCGACCAAAUCGCCGACAUUGCGAGCCGUCACAAAACAACCCCUUAUAACCGUAACACCGUGUGGAGCAGAAGCAAUAGUAUUAUCCCCAAUGAAAACAGAGUACGCCCUUCCCCACAUUUCCGCGGAAAGGUCACAUGGAGAGUCAAGCACAGGGGUAACAAACGAUCAAAAAGUACAGAAGAUGUCGCCAACAAACCCCGAAUAUGGAUUUCAAAAAGAUUCUCCGCCCAAGCCAUCCAAUAAUUCGUCGUUACUCGUAAUUCUCGACCAAAUCCGAAAAUGGAAUAUUACUUUUGAAAAUGGUAUGGACCCUAUUGGAUUCGUAGAACGUGUAGAAGAAAUGGCUGAAAUGUACAUCGUGGAAUUGAAUCAAAUAAUUAAAGUAAUGCCAGAGUGGUUACGAGGUAAAGCUUUAAUCUGGCUAAGGAACAACAACCGACACUGGACUACCUGGAACGAAUUUAAGAGUGAUUUUCUGAAAUUCUUUUUGCCACCGAGAUACUUUGAGAAAUUGGAGGAUGAAAUUAGGAGAAGGAUACAGCGUAAUAAGGAGCCGUUUAAGGAAUAUGUACUCUCUAUACAGCAUCUUAUGCAGCACACCAAUAUGACCGAAGAACAAAAAUUGGAACGAAUUUUUAGAAACGCGCAUUCGGAUUAUCAAUGGUACAUUCGCCGUAAAGACUUUACCACACUUUCGGAAUUGAUCUCCUUGGCAGACGAACUCGAAAGCAUACCAAAUAAUUCUCGGUCAGAACAGCCUCGAAAUCAACAAAACUAUAAUCGACGUGCGGACAACUCUAGAAAUAACCUGUAUUGCACCAAUCAAGGUGACCAAGUGCUAAACGAAAGCUCAUCCAAUCCAGAAACGCAGCAGGAUGAACCCCCGGCAAAGAAGAGUAACCAGAAUAUUACAUCAUUGCAAUGUGAAGAAUAUCGCCUUACUGCAACUGUCUUAAUAGAGGGGAAAGCUAUUAAAGCAACUGUCGACACUGGUGCCACUAGCUGUUUUAUAAAAAGAGAAUUUGCGGAAAAAAUCAAGAAAAGGUUUACUUAUUCACGGCAUGAGGCAAAUGUUAUCCUCGCAGACGGCACCACGGUGAACAUCACAAGAUCAACAGUGUUACCUGUUACAUUUGGAAACCAAAGCUCAGAUGUUACAUUUCUCAUCAUGCCGCAAUUCAAGGAAAACAUCAUAUUGGGAUUGGAAUUUCUAAAACAGUUCCACACGACCAUUCACUGCGCCGGUAUAAGUGUCAAAUUAAGUAAGCCAACCACAUCAACGGAGCAUUGUACCGUGGCUAUAGGAGAGGAAACCCCAUCAAAAGAGACAUUAAAUUGACAAUACCCAAACUAAUCAGUGUCCUAAUAUAAGCCCAUACUUCAAAGACCAUCGCAAUUCUCAAAAUUUCAACAUCACGAUGGAGCAAGAUAGCCCCAACACGAUAACACAUUUCUCGAACUGCCAAAUUAUCCCGAAAACCUACAAAUCCGUAUCGAGAAGUUUAAAAACAAUUGGAAAAAGGGACACAAACUGAAGCGAAUUGUUAAACAAGAUGGCAAGCAGUACCGCAUAAUAAUAUCAGCAGACGGGGUAGUGAAGGUAUCUCUCCGAACUUCUGCAAUUGGUCUCUAACAUACCUUCCUAUUCGACCGAGAUAUAGUCGAACCAAAGUGCCCAUGUCGGAGAAAUAAAAGGUUACAUAACACCCUAGGGCUUCCUGGCUAUUGAAACCCAAUAGCAAUAGAGAAAGCAAAUCAAGGAAUCAAAAAUCAGAGGGAGGAAGAGAUGCCAUGUAACGCCCAAAAGUCAUGCUUUCGUUUUUGGGGUACAUUAUUAUUUUAAAGACCAUUUUUACUUACUUAUGUUAUAUACAUCAACUAUGAAUUAUAUUUUCUUUGUUUGAAAAUGAAUUAAAAUAUUUAAGUUAUGAAUUAAACUAACAGCUACUCAGGGUCAUGUAAUUUAAAUGUAUUUGAAUAUUAACGGUCACACAGGUCCCCUAGUAGAAAGAAGUAUACUUAAAAUACAACAUUGGAACCCCUGGUGGCAAAUGGCGGAACUACGCAAAACUGUCAGAUUGGGAUCAGCUGCUGUCAUGAGAAAACAACAAUCGUUGUCCAGCCAAAAAGGUAUAAAAGGAGACGCAUUUCACACAAUCGGGAUCAGUCUUCUGUUGAUGGCUGGUAAGUCAAGUGUGAUUGGGAGGAAGAAAAGGCGCGCAACCUCGGUUGAAUUGAGUCUUAGUAAGCCAAACAAUAAGCCUUGACUAUUUGUGGAGACUGGACUGGACUGAACGCAGGGUCAAGUGAGGGUUGUAGCAAUACUCCCUAUUCUUCGGGCUGCGUUGACGGCGACUGAACGCAGGGUCAAGUGAGGGUUGUAGCAAUACUCCCUAUUCUUCGGGCUGCGUUGACGGCGACUGAACGCAGGGUCAAGUGAGGGUUGUAGCAAUACUCCCUAUUCUUCGGGCUGCGUUGACGGCGACGGAACGCAGGGUCAAGUGAGGGUUGUAGCAAUACUCCCUAUUCUUCGGGCUGCGUUGACGGCGACUGAACGCAGGGUCAAGUGAGGGUUGUAGCAAUACUCCCUAUUCUUCGGGCUGCGUUGACGGCGACUGAA